GUACUCAGGUAUUAACGAAAUAGUUACAAUGUUGUUUUUUCAAUUUAAACACAAAUAAAAAUAAGGCAAAGGAAAGUUGGAGAGAGAGAGAGACUUACAGAUCGAUCGCGGGGGUUUUCUUAGCGUCGUCGAACGGAUCCGGCAUAGCUGCGAAGGUUGCGGGUGAUAUUUUCGUUGCCGCCGACUUCCACGGCUUUGCUCACCGCCGAUCAACCUACGCCUUGCCAUAGAGGGGGAGUUUUGAAAAGGGGGAGUUUUGAAGCAGAAAGAAUCUGUGGUGGCCUCAUAAUGUCCAUAUCAUCCGGCAGCAGCUUGCAAGGAUCAUGGUCUCAGCCCCGGGUCAUUUUUCCAUUACUAGCCGUGGCCGGACUUGGAGUUGGAAUUAUUCGCUCAUCUCUCAAGAGAAGAGUCCCCGACGAGUACAGGGAGGACUUGAUUAGUGGAUUGCCAGACGAAGUCCUGUGUUUGAUACUCUCCGAAUUACCUACGAGAGAUGCUGUUAGGACUAGCGUUUUGUCUAAAAGGUGGAGACACAUGCAUCUUUUUCUCCCCGGAUUGUCAUUGACUUGUCCAUGCACAUUUAAGAAGGAUACAAUAAGCCAGCAACGCACUUGCCCCCUUGAUCACUACAAGCGUGGGAUCUUGACAUUUAUAGACCGUUUCCUACAACUACGACAGUGUGUUUGCCGCCACGAUCGGGACAAGCAUGGAAUCUUGACUUUUAUGGACCGUUUCUUAUGGCUACGACGGGGCUGCAAUAUUAAAUCAUUCCAGUUAUCAUGCUGCUUAAAGGAAGAAUUCAGCAGUCAUAUUGAGAGAUGGAUGAAUUAUAUUGCUAGGUUAAACGUUGAGGAACUUGUGCUCAGUCUUUCUUGUGACGAUGCAUUUGUUGGAGAUAUACCAAGAAGUCUGGUUACAUUUCCUUUGCAUUUGUUUACCUCCAAUCUGGGACCAGAUUCCCAAGGAACAUUUGAGUCCCUUUCGCUGCUUUGGUUGGAUGCAGUGUCAUUAGUUAAUGGUGAACUGCAAAGCAUCUUUUCAGGUUGUCCAAACCUAGAGUCUUUAAAGUUGACAUAUUGUAUACUUCCUUCUAAGUUAUAUAUUUGCGGACCGGGACAUGAGUUGAAGUCUUUGACAAUCACAAGUUGUAUCGGGGUAAAGAAGAUAGACCUGUGUGCUGGGAACUUGACUAGCUUUGAAAUCAUUUGCUCUCAAAAGCUGGAAGAAAUUAGGCCUUCGCAUGUUCCAAAGCUGAAACAUUUUUUUGUUGGGUUAAAAUAUUCUGGUCAUUUGUCUCGUUUUAUUCAUCGAGUUACCAAGGACAUGCCUGAACUUGAAUCCUUAUAUAUUGAAUCAGUUGUUAGUGAGAUGUAUUAUACCCCGCCACUAGGGCGUGGGUACAACAAUCUCAAGGAACUAUAUGUACUGAUGGACUUUAGAAGGCUAUACGGUGCUCAACAAAUUGCUUGUGUAAUUGGCUGCGCGCCACUUGUAUGGAAAUUUCGUUUGGUGACAAAAGGCACUGUGGACUAUGGAGUACCAAGUAUUGGGUUGACCCCAAAAUAUGGUCAUUUUCAUCUCAAGGAAGUGGAGAUUGGCGGAUUUCAUGGGCACGCGAGCGAGCUUGAACUGAUUAAAUUUCUCCUCAGAUUUGCAGAGUGUCUUGAGCGUAUGACCAUCAGCAAGGAUUAUGAGUACUACCUCGGAGGAGGGAAAUGGGAGAAGAAGAAGAGCGGAGAACAAGACACUGUAGUAAUGGAUGAGGAGCAACGUCAAGUAGUGCGUGAACUCGUGAAGGGAACAACCCCUGCAUCUCCUAAUGCUCAACUCAUUUUGCAUUAGCCUAUGUCUGCUGCCCAUUUGUAUUAUGCACAAGCCUAACAUUAAA